AUGGAACAAUAUUUAAACAACGAUUUGCAAAAUAAUGCUCGAACAUAUUAUCGUAAUAUUUGUCUUAAAGUUGCACGUUUUCUAUCAUAUUUGGGUAAAUCACUUGAGCCAUAUUCAACCCAGAAUAAAUUAUUAUCAUUUCUAACAACACCAACAUCAACUUGUGAUAAGACAGUAAUUCUUCAUUUACCAAAUGAUAUUAAACAAGUUUGUACAGUUUUUAAAUUUGCCGUCACAACUAAUAAUAAGCAUAGAGAUGAAGAUGGAGAUGUAGCUACAAAUAAUGAGUUAUAUGUUGCAUAUGUGGGACCUUAUCAAAAAGAACUUAAGAAUAUACAAGUGCUUGUCAAUCUAAAGAUAGAGCUACAUUAUGUUGAUCCAUUAAAAGAGUAUUUGGUUGUGGUAUUGAACAAGGAAAAUGGAGAAAUUUUGGAAAUUUUCACUGACAAAGGAGAGGAUGAUCGUAAUAUUGAACCAACAUUUGAAGAUGUGAUGGUUUCAUGGAUGGCGGUUAUGAUUUGGUGUGGUCAGAUUGUAGUCAGGAGUUUGUUGACGUACAGAAAGCCUAUUAAUAGAUACAGAUUAUCUCAUAAAAUUUAUAAGUUAAUUAAGCAACGUUAA